AUGAAAUAAUUAAUAGUUAAGUUAAUAAUUGUAACACUAGUUGCUAGCCAGCAGGUUAUUUUGUUUGCCACUUCAUUUACAGAUAAAAAAUUCACUAGUUUAGAAAGUAAAAAAUCAUUAUUUAAAACAGAUUGGAGUUUGUACCCUUAAAAUCCACUUAAGUCUGGUUAUGGUUCUUUAACCAGUGAAGAUGAUGAUUAUGCAGGCUUUUAUUCAAUAAUUGGAGUGAGUAUGAGGAGCUAUCUUAAUGGAAUUUACAAAAUUUUUGAAAACAUUCCCCCUCAUUCUUCUUUAAUAAUUAAAGCGAAAACAUUAAUGUAUAAUUUCAUUUAAACCUAGACAAAAUUUUGGUUUAGGGGGUCUUGGUAUAGUUCAUAUCAGAGUAGAUGGAAAGUUAGUUACAAGAUUUCAAAGUGAAUUUGAUCAAGAUAAUCAUUAAAAAAUACAUAGUAGCGAAAUAUUUUUUAUAUCGUCAUCAUCUAGUGUUAUUAUUGAAUUUCAUUUUGAAGGAGUUGGUUAUUAUAAAGUAAAUUGUUUGUAAAAUUUAUGAGGAUAUGACUUUUGGAUUUCGAGAAUUUCAUUUGUAUUAUAGAAAAUGUCCUGAUGGAUGUUUAUAUUGUUAAACUUUGGAUUCAAACUAGAACCAUUGUAAUUUUUGGUUUCAAGAUCAUCAUUCUUUGCAUGACUCAAACUCAUUGAACGAUGGUUGGACAAUUAUUAAAAAUGACUAAAGAUUAUAUUAGAUGGAGUAUUGUCGAGGUACUUAAUUAUUUUAUUAGCUAGAUGAUAAAGCUCUGAAUCUAUUAGGAAUAAUUUUACCAAAUGAAGCUUUUGAAAAGACCCUACAUCUUGCUCCUCACCAUAAGAUAUUAAUUUAAUAUAAGUAACUAUUACUAGGAGCAGAUUUCUUUUCAGCUGCAUAUUGGUCACUUGAAUUAAAUGAUGUAACAGUAAAAGAAAUACCUUUUUUUACAUAUCAUAGAACUUCUUAAUUAUGCAAACACAACAAUCCAUCAAGUUUGGGAGAUUACAUUACAUAAGUUAUUUAUGAGGACUUCCAUUACAAUACAAUAGUGAAAUUAAGAAUUUUCACUUAAGGAAGGAUUUUCUUUUAAAAGUUAAAGUGGACUAUCAGAGACUUUGAAGUUUAUAUUUAAAAGUGCCAUCCAGAUUGUACUGAAUCUUGCUUUGGUCCAAGGGCAAAUUAAUGUUCUAGAUAAAAAUACCCAGAAUUUAAAAAUUUUGUAAGUUAUUUUACAGAACCCUUAUUUACCGAUACAUAAGAAUGGUAAAUGAUAACUCCAAUACAACCUAAAUCACCAAAUUAUUGCAAUGGUGUAUCAAUUUUUGGAGGUUAUUUAUAAUUAGGUGGUGAUCAUUAUAUUUAAAGAUUUAUUACAUUAAAAGAUCACUAAACAAUUUAAAUUUCAUUUAAGUUUUACUAAAUCGAUAAUUUUAAUAAUGAUAUAUUAUAUGUUGUAGUUGAUGAUCAAAUCGUAUAUUAAACUGUCUUAGAACCUAUUAUAGAUAUAUAAAAAGCAACUCCAUUAUGUGGUAUCUAUGAGAAUUAUGAUUUAAUUGUUAAAAUAUCAACACCUAUAAUUUAACAUACGUAAAAACAAAGUAUUAUUUAAAUUUAUACUAAUUAACCAACUACAUCAUAAGGAUACUGGGGGAUUAGAGAUUUUAUCAUUAAAUAAGAUUCAAUAAUAUAUAUAUAAGAAUUAAAAUAAGUUAGAUUUUUGA